GGGCACAACAGCACAGAAACCAAAGUUCAAAUCCCAUCGGGGGCCUUUCAUUUGGACCAGGCGCAAAGUGAGAAACACACCCUCCACCACCACGACAAAGACGCGCUCUCUCUCUCUCUCUCUCUCUCUCUCUCUGAUACACACCUUCUUCAAGUUCAGUGCAGUACCAGUGAACAGACGAAAGAAGUAGGGCCAAUUUUGUCUCAUCAUCCCCGAAACCCUCCCUCCAACGAUUUCACAGAAUCUGGAACACAAGAAAAUGGGGAGCUCGAAGGACGACUCGGCCACCGACGCCGACAACUCCGGCGGCAACCUCCCUGCCUCCAAUUCCAGCAUCUUCGCGGAAGGCGAGAAAGUCCUCGCUUAUCAUGGCCCUCGCAUCUACGAAGCCAAGGUUCAAAAAGCCGAGUUUCGAAAGAAGGAAUGGAGAUACUUUGUUCAUUAUCUUGGCUGGAAUAAAAAUUGGGAUGAAUGGGUAGGCAUGGACCGGCUGAUGGAACUUACUGAAGAUAAUGUCUUGAAGCAGCAAGCCCUUGACAAAAAGCAGGGUGUAGACAAGAAUUCAAAAUCAGGGCGUUCGGCACAAACUAAGCCAAAGGCCUCAUCUGAGGCAAAAGUGGAUAAAGAGGAUACGAAGAACAAUGCAGGUAAGUCUGGUGCGAAUAAGUUACACGACUGGUUUGACUGGUUGGAUUGCUGGUUCACUGGUCCAAGUAGCCAGCCUAGGGUCAGGUUUUGAUAAGCAUUAUUUGCAGCUGUUCCUUUUCUUUAGACAUUAAUUACUUUGUUUUCAGGCUAUAUUCUCAAGAAGGGGUCGAUACAAACUCCCACUAUUGAUGCCGAUGCCUAUUCUCUCUUGGUGAAACUUAGAAAAAAAAAUUUCAUUUGUUUUAGAUAAAAUGUAAUUGUUGAAUAGUUUGCAUUUUUGUCUUUUUCUGGAAAUAGAGUAAGCUAACUGCUAACAUUUAAUUGGCUCAGUUGAUUAUCUCUGCUGUGAUUUAUACCCUUCCGAUGUUUAUAAUGGCAAUAGUAUUGUAGUUGUACCUAAUAGUCAUGUGUAAUUAUUUACCCAGUUAAAUGAAAGUAGUUUGCAUACAAUAUGUUGUUGAUAAUGUGGAAGCAUAUAAUUUCAAUAGUGUGUUAAACUUGGAUUAAUACCAUUACAGUUGUUCUAUUUUUGUACUUUUUAAAAAUUGCACUUUACAUAAAUAUUAAAUCGUACAAGACCUGGAGAUAUAUUUUUGGGAAUUCUUCAUGUAAGUUAUCCAUGAUAAUAAAUGAUACUUGUUUUCUUCUAAUACCAUUAGUGUGUUUUGGUUGAAGUUAAAUGAUUGAGGUAUUUGUCUGUUCGGUCUUCUACAUCAGUCUCCUUAUGGUGCUAUUUGUGCAUGCAUAUUUAUAAGUCACAGAGAAUAGUUCUGAAAUGAGGGAAUGUGUGCUUCACUGUUUCUGCAUAUUUACUUAGUCUAGGCAAAUUUUAUUUACUGAUUUAAUAAACUCAACCUCAAAAAAAGAUGAUAUAGAGACAAAAUGUUGAGCCUAGCAGAUUUCAGUUGGGCAAUAUUUUUCUUGUUAAGAAACUAUUUGUAUUUGAGUGAAAUUGUAUUCUCCUUAAAAUAUUUGUUAUUAUCAGGAGGCCUCUACUCUGAUUAGAAGACUGCUUUUAGUGAAUAUGAUAUGGAAGAAGGAUUGAAGCACAUUAAAACAUCUCUGUAGAUGUGAAAGUUGAAUUUGCAGAUUGUACAUAUGUAAACAGUAGAAUGUACAGGAGGAAAGUGAGGCAUAAUUUCUUGUUGGAAAAUGCUAAAAACAAUCCGUAGGGCUGUUGUUAGUGUUGGAAAAUUUGUAAAAAAUGUAUAAAAAUAUGUAAAAUUAUUUUGGGAUAUGUGAAAAGUGUAUUGGGAUUAUAAAUAUUUUGACAUUUUGUGUUUCUUAAAGACAGCCCUUAGGGCUGUCAUUAUUAGGACCCUUUCCUGUUAUAAGCCUAAAAGAAGUGUUUAUACUUGAGCCAGUCUUAAAUCCUUGUGUUCAUGUGGUCAUAUCCCCAAAUCUGAGGGUCCAUGGCUCCACACUUUUCAGUUCUGAGAAUCCCUUGUAUCUGAAGCAUCUAACCUUUGAGAAUCACCCCAAAGUGCAGUAUAUUGCCUUGAAAAGUAAUUAUUGUACUCUUCAUAUAUUAUUCUAUUAUCUGCUACUAGUUAUUAGAAGUUGGAAGUGAGGGAGUAAAUGCCCAAGCUAUACAG